AUGGUCUCUGACGUCAAAGCAGACAAGCUCGUGCAGACGUCCCUCGGCAAGAAGACCCAGCCGAAGGCGUUCGUGGCAUUGUUGAAUCAGCUUGAUGAAAAAGCGCCAAUUCCAGACAACGAGCUUGCCAGUUCUCUAUUGACGUUGCUGAAACACCGCUUGCAAUGGAAGCUUCAGCACCAGUAUGCGUUUGCUUUUGCUAAUGAAAGCGCUGAAAAACUUCGACGGAUAAUGUCUGGGUUGCAUGGUCUUCCUACAGACGCCCAGCGUGAGUUUGUGUUGUAUUUGAAGAGUCGAUACAAGGCAUUCAAGGAGCCUGUGCUACAGUUUUUCGUCAAUCAGAGUCUUCCUGAUUACACUGUUCAAUUGCAAAGAUCAUUUCAGCUGCUGCUUGAUGAAAACUCGAAGAAUCUUUGGUUCCACUUGCUUUUCUUAUGGGGUAACAUCAUUGAUAACGCAAGCUCGGUGGUCCAGAAAGAGCCAUUCCGUGCUUUGGCAUUGGAAGUGAUGGGACUGCUUCAAAGUUUGGGUGCUACUAGCCAGUUGGCUUAUUUUCUGAAGAAGGCUAACAGUUUGUUGAACGCAGCAGAGUUGCAUAAGGAGCUUCAGACUUCUGCCUUGGGGAACGUGAAGCGUGAAAAGGUUUCAGCCACUCCAGUGAGGAAAGCGUUUGCUUUGAAUCAACACUCCAAGAAAGUUAUGAAAAUUGCAAAACUCAAAAAGCUCUUGUGGCUCAAUGAGCGGUUCAGACAAUGGAACAUCGAGAAGCUCAUGGAACAGUACAUUGCAUUCUUCCGCGUUGACAUGUCUAAGUACGACGAUACUGUCAAGGAGUUGGUCGAAAUCCUUUUCACAGGUAUCUCCACCGCUAUCCAACAACAAGAAAGCCCGUAUGUGCUCUUCAACUGGAAAAAUUUCAUCGUGAGUCGCUUUCCGCUCUUCCUCAAAGAAUCGAGACCCAAGAACAAUGAUGGCUCUUCAAAUCUUGAAAGUGUUAUCCUCAAAACCGUCUCAGGCUUCACUGAUGCAUAUCUUAUCGAAAUGGUCGUUGGUGGUAGGUCCUCCCAUCCAUACGACUUGCGUAAAAUGUUCUUGAGAAGUUGUAUGUACCAGGAUCUCGUUACUGUUUCUUCAUACACCAAGACGUUCCCUGAAGACUCUGAGUCGGUUACAUGGUCGCACAUAACUCACGAGAAGAAUGUUCUCAAUCACACAGACCACCUUAAGACUGAGUUCAAUUCAAAGCUUCUCAACAUAAACACUGAGUUCACUUCGUUGGGAGAGAGUAAGUUCAUCAACUUUCUCGAGGAUUUGCCAUCCUCUGAUAUACAAUACCUGGUUUCCAAACAAGAGCAGCUCCGCUCGCUUGUAUCCAGCUCAUUGGAGAAACUUAUCGAGGAAAAGUCGAACGAAAAGCUCGUCCGUUUAGUAUUAGGUCUCCUGAUCUGCUUGCCUGUGACUAACUAUGUCUAUUUCGUCGAUCCGCGGGGACCUUGGGGUAUUAUAGAUCCGCUUAUUGCUUACAUCGACAAUGACAGCUUUGGUGCUGAUGCUGACGACAACAACUUCCAAGAAACAUUUUCAUAUUUUGGUAUAUUGAUGACUGGUUCCAUCGCAAUUACCAAUUUCUUCGGUAUUGACUUCAUCUCAGUAACUUUGGGGCGCUCGUACACUAUUGACUUUAUGAACAAGUUCUACUACAGACUGUGUACCAAUUUCAGCAACAAGGUGGAACCCGAAAAAGACAGUGACUCUGGCGUUAUUAACACCUACAACGAGCACUUGAGUGAGUGGGCCAAUGCCUUAUUUGAUGUUAACAAUGACGGCUUAUCUGAUGAUCUCAUUAAGUCAGUGAAUGUCAAACAGAUCUAUAAGUUGGUAUUUGUUAUAUUCCAAAGCGCUAUCACGGCUAAUAUUGCUGGCAGUUUGGCCUCACCGAAUCUUAGCAAUGGAAUUGACUACUUGUCACAGGACUUUUUAGCACCCAGCUCUGCAGAACUCAUUCACUGGAUUGUUUCAAAUAUCGGUCCUUUACAACGGAACAGCGAUAUCUUCCUUCAGAUUCUUUGGAAGAUAGUCCAAAGUAAUUUGGGAGAGAAUAAGGAAGAGGGAUCAGAGAUUAACUACACAUUCCGUCUUGUCUUGAACCUAGUUGGCAAGGAGCUCCUUGAGUCAGUCUAUGCUUUCAGAAACUGGGAAACCAAAGAGAUUAUGCUUAAGCUAGUGAGAGUCGUCAAGCAAAAUGCCGAUGAAGAGUACAAUAGAAUUGACAGACCGCUACUCAUCCAACAUCAAAAGCAUACCGAAGGUGACUCCCUAGCAUCAACUAUUCGUCAAGCUGCCCAGAUUUUCCUUAAUGAAGAUGGCGAAGAAUCUGGCAAAAGUAUAUGGAGAGCAUUCCGUACAAUGUGGAAGGUGACUGAGAGUGAAGAGAUUCUUACACUUUUACUUAACGAGAUAAGAUCAUGCCAUGGAAGCAAGGCAAGCCACGGUGCCAGUGCAGAAGAAGGCAAAAUAAUUAUAGACUUUAUGGCUUUCCUUGUUGUUUUGACAAGUCAAAGUUCGACAGAAAUGAGUGACGCAGAGUUGAAACUGAGAUUCAACGAGGUAAAGCCCCGAGGUAUCAGCCCCAUGCUGUUUGGCAGCCAGUUCAAGUUGAGCAUCGAGAACCAUUACGCAAGUAUCUUUAGUGGAGCAGCAUCACUGGAAGGUGCAGAGAAGAUAGCUGACCCAGUUGACGUUAAAUUAGCUCCAAAAGAUGAUUUGAUGAUGGACUUUGAGAUGGACGAUCUUUUCAAUGACAAGGGUGAGGACCUUUUUGGAGAUUCUGGAGACGCGGCUAUCUCAAGGCCUUCGUCGCCUCCAGUUAAAGUUGGCAGCAUGUACAAAGACGUGGUUUCAGGAACAUCAGUAUUGAGAAGGGUGCUCAAUCAGCUUCUGCAAGCUACUGAAACGGACCAUCACGAUGCUGAGAUCUUAAAGAUUGUGCUUCUGCAGCAGUUGGAGCAAUCGUACUCCAAUAAGCAUACUUACCACAUCUACAUCAGCAUGUCUGAAGACCCCAAUGCUCUUAAAAGAGCAUGGUACCAUAGCCAGGAAGGUGCCCAUGCGUUACCUGUGGGAUCGCAGAAUAUCGACUCGAAGCUUGAACUAUCGGAGUCUCAGCAGCAGUUGCUUAAGCGUGUGAAGAGACCAAAUGGGAAUGAAGAACCGCUGGAGUUUGAAAAGGAGUUGGUUGAGAUGACAGAGCUGGCGCUGGCGUUUCACGAAGAGCUGCAGAGCUGGAAGCGUCCGCCUUUGCCUAAAGAUUACACAACUAGGGAUAUCUCGUUCCAGCAGCUAGAUGCUGAAGAAGCCACACAUGGUGACGAGUCCAGUGCCCGUUUUUUCGGUAUCACUUCUGAAGGUCAUUCUGUGCUUUGUAAUGUGACGGGAUUCUUGCAUUAUUUCUAUGUCCCUGUGCCUAGGGGCUUCUUCCCUGAUCAGCAUUUGACACAGUUCACUGCGUACUUGAAAGCCAACUACUUUGGCGUCGAAACGGUUGAAAUCGUGAAGAAGGAGUCGAUUUGGGGCUUCAACAACAGUACCAAGUCUCCUUUCUUUAAAGUGAUCGUGAACAAUGCCAGGAAUAUCACCAAGAUCAGAGGUGCUUUCGAACGUGGUGAAAUCCGCUUCGAACAGUUAUUCCCUCCUUCUUGCGUCAGUUACGAUAAUAUCAACUACUUGCUUCGAAUGAUGAUUGAUUGUGGAAUCACUGGUAUGUCAUGGAUCACGCUUCCCGCUGGUUCUUACACUGUCACUGAUAACGAUCUUAAGGUAUCUACAUGUCAGAUCGAAUGUUCUGUUGACUAUAGGAAAUUAAUCUCGCAUCCAUCAGAAGGCGAAUGGUUGAAGAUGGCUCCUCUUCGUAUCAUGUCGUUCGAUAUCGAGUGUGCUGGAAGAAAAGGUGUCUUCCCAGAAGCUAACCAGGACCCUGUCAUUCAGAUUGCCAACGUUAUAUCGAGAUAUGGUGAGUCCAGACCUUUUGUUCGUAAUGUCUUCACAGUCAAGAGCUGUCUACCUAUUAUCGGUUCUGAAAUCUUUUCAAACGAGAAAGAGGAGGACAUGCUCAUGGCAUGGAGAGACUUCGUGGUCAAGUCAGAUCCUGACGUUAUCAUUGGUUACAACACUGCCAACUUCGAUCUUCCGUAUCUUCUCGACAGAGCCAAGGCUCUUAAUAUCCCCAAGUUCCCAUACUUCGGAAGAAUGGUCAACAUUAAGCAGGAAGCCAAGGACUCUGUUUUCAGUUCUCGUGCCUAUGGUACGCGAGAGAACAAGGUCGUCAACAUUGAUGGUAGAAUGCAGCUCGACUUGUUGCAGUUCAUUCAGAGAGAGUACAAGUUAAGAUCUUACACAUUGAACUCUGUGUCAGCGCAUUUCUUAGGUGAGCAAAAGGAAGACGUGCAGCAUUCUAUCAUUACAGACCUUCAGAAUGGUACAGCAGAAACGCGUCGAAGAUUAGCUGUCUACUGUUUAAAGGAUGCUUAUCUUCCAUUACGUUUACUUGAGAAAUUGAUGUGUUUGGUUAACUACACAGAGAUGGCAAGAGUCACUGGUGUUCCAUUUUCGUAUCUUUUGGCCAGGGGCCAGCAGAUCAAGGUCAUUUCUCAGCUUUUCAGAAAGUGUUUACAGGAAGAUAUUGUUGUUCCGAACAUGAAGAGUGAGGGCAGUAACGAAGAGUAUGAGGGUGCCACAGUCAUUGAGCCUAUCAGAGGUUAUUACGAUGUUCCUAUCGCAACGUUGGAUUUCAGUUCUUUGUAUCCAUCUAUCAUGAUGGCACACAAUUUGUGCUACACAACGCUUUUAAAUAAGCAGUCUAUCAAAGCAUUUAACUUGAGCGAAGAUGACUAUACUCAUACCCCUAAUGGUGACUACUUUGUUAAGGAAACAAAGAGAAAAGGUAUUUUGCCAACCAUUCUUAAUGAAUUGUUAACUGCCAGAAAGAAAGCCAAGGCCGAUCUCAAGAAAGAAAGUGACCCGUUCAAGCGAGAUGUUCUUAAUGGUAGACAGUUGGCAUUGAAAAUCUCUGCCAACUCCGUCUAUGGUUUCACUGGUGCUACCAUCGGUAAGCUUCCUUGUCUUGCCAUCUCUUCUUCGGUCACUGCCUUUGGUAGAGAAAUGAUUGAAAAGACCAAAAACGUCGUCCAAGAAAAAUACAAUACUGGUAAUGGUUACACUUAUGAUGCUCAAGUCAUCUAUGGUGAUACCGAUUCUGUUAUGGUUAAAUUCGGCCACCAGGACUUGGAAACUUGCAUGAAGUUAGGAGAAGAAGCCGCUGCAUAUGUCUCUACCAAGUUCAUCAACCCAAUCAAGUUGGAGUUCGAAAAAGUAUACUUCCCAUAUCUUUUGAUUAACAAGAAGAGAUAUGCUGGUUUGUACUGGACUAAUCCUGACAAGUUUGACAAGAUGGAUACGAAGGGUAUCGAGACUGUCAGAAGAGAUAAUUGCCGUUUGGUGCAGAAUGUCAUUACAAGGGUGUUGGAAUACAUUCUAGAAGAGAGAAAUGUUCCGAAGGCCGAGAGAUAUGUCAAACAAACCAUUGCUGACUUGUUGCAGAACAGAGUCGAUUUAUCGCAAUUGGUCAUCACGAAAGCUUUCUCCAAGCAUGAAUACGACAGUAAGCAAGCCCAUGUUGAGCUUGCCAAAAGAAUGAGAAAAAGAGAUGCUGGUUCAGCUCCCACUUUGGGUGACAGAGUCGCCUACGUCAUUAUCAACUCAUCCAGUUCCAAGAACUACGAGAAAUCCGAAGAUCCCUUAUACGUUUUGGAGAAUUCUCUUUCCAUCGAUGUCAAGUACUACUUGGAGAAUCAGCUUUCAAACCCCUUGUUGAGAAUUUUCGAACCAAUUCUUGGAGAAAAGAGGGCCAAAGAAUUGUUAGCUGGUGCUCAUACAAGAACGAUCAAGAUGAGUGCUCCUAAGGGUGGAGGUUUGAUGAAGUUUGCAAAGAAGGCAGAGCUUUGCAAGAACUGUAAAUCGCCUUUGAAGGCCAACAACAAGGGAGCUUUGUGUGAGAACUGUAUUUCCAAGGCACCUGAAUUGUAUUGCGAUGCCUUGGCUCAAAUGAACUAUUUGGAGAACAAAUUCUCUCGACUUUGGACUGAAUGUCAAAGAUGUCAAGGAUCAUUGCAUCAAGAAGUUCUUUGCUCGAAUAAGGAUUGCCCAAUCUUCUACAUGAGAAAGAAAGCACAGAAGGAUGCAUCACAACAAGUGCAAGAGCUACAGAAGUGGGACGAAACUAUAUGGUAA